AUGCAUACCCAACCCCGACCCGACUUCCGGACCUCCACCCUCUUCACCUCCGGAGUCAUAACCUACCGCUGCCUUUCCGAUACUCACCUUCGGUCUCGGCAACACACCCCUCCUCUUACCUCUCCGACCCCUUCUCCGUCCGUUCCGAUACUCAUCUCGGACCGAACAUCUCCCUACUCGCCACCCUUCCUACAACUCCGCUCCCCCCUCACCACACCUCCACCCUCCCGUCAUCCCCUACGCUAUCUCCGUCCGUUCCGAUAUCCACCUUCGGACCUGACUACUCUUCCUUACCUUCCCCUCUCUCAUUCCUCCGCCACCCUUCCGCCAAGUUACGACCAUCCACCGCUGUUCCGUACUUCACACUCGGACACCUCCAUUGCAUUGGUGACCUCAUACUACGUGAACACCAUUGCCAAUAUUCCUCGGACUUCCAACCCCGCCUCCGUAACCUCCGUAAGCUCCGCAACCCCCGAGCUUCGCGGACCGCCUCCGGCACUCUCGCCGUUUCCAGUUAGUCAUCACCCCCACUUCCCCUCAUCCUCCUGCCCCUCUGGGCCUCGCCCACUCUACCUCCUUUCGGAUGUAUCACAGGUCUUGCCCUAUGACCUUCGGUACCGCUCCGCUCCCUCUAACCCUUUGUUCCCGUUCGGACGUCUUCGUUCCGAUUCGCGGGAAUGGGCUCAGGCAGCAUCGGGAUGGGUGGGGAAUGGGCCGGAAUGCACGGCCGUGACAGAGUUGAGGAGUUCCGGAGGUGAUGUGGAUGUAGAUGGGAUGGAAGGGUGGAAGAGAGUUGAAGGAGGAGGUAGUCCUAGGAUUGUUGGCAUUGACCAGAGGCAGCAGAGAGAGAUUGAGAGGGCUGGUGGAGGUUAUAAGAGUCGUCUAGGACUAGGGUGGAGGGAGGUGGAAGAUCUGGGAUAUGACAGUGCCUCCAUAAAGAGAUGA